CUUGGGUGGUGCGCGUCCCCCUCCCCUUCCUCGUCCUUCUCACCCUCCCCCCCCCACUCUGGGUGUCCCCGUGACGAGGCAGCACGGUGGUGCCGCUGCCGCCGGGCCGGCCCAGCCCAGCCAAGCUCGGUCCAGCCGCUGCGGCUCUGCCUGUGGCCAGAAGUGUCCGGGGCUAGGUUCCCUGCAGGAGGGCGAGUCUGCUGCAGCCUCCGCUCAGGGCGCUCCGGGAGGGUCAGAGGAGGAGAGAUGAGGGAUGGUGUUGGAAGGCAGCACUGACGUGGGGACCCCAGGAUCCCUGGGCCUCCGGCAGACCAGCUCCAAAGCCCCCCGAAUCCUGCCCGCUCCUCCGUCUGACAAUUUGCUGCUGGGCAAGGAGCCUGUCAAGUAUGGGGAACUCAUCGUGCUGGGCUACAAUGGGUCCCUGGCCAGUGGGGACAAGGGCCGCCGCCGCAGCCGCCUGGCACUGAGCCGGAGACCCCAGGCCAAUGGGGUGAAGCCUGACGUCGUUCACCAUAUCUCUACCCCACUUGUGUCCAAAGCACUGAGUAACCGGGGCCAGCACAGCAUCUCCUACACACUGUCUCGGAGCCACUCGGUCAUCGUAGAAUACACCCACGACAAUGACACAGACAUGUUCCAGAUCGGCCGCUCCACGGAGAAUAUGAUCGACUUCGUGGUCACGGACACCACCCCGGGGGGAGUGGCCGGGGAGGGCCCGGCGGCCCAGAGCACCAUCUCACGGUACGCCUGCCGGGUCAUCUGCGAGCGCUGGCCCCCCUACACGGCACGCAUCUACGCCGCUGGCUUUGAUGCUUCCAGCAACAUCUUCCUUGGAGAGCGGGCAGCCAAGUGGCGGACUCCAGAUGGGCUGAUGGAUGGGCUGACCACCAAUGGCGUCCUGGUGAUGCACCCGGCCGGCGGCUUCUCCGAGGGCUCCAUGCCUGGUGUCUGGAGGGAAAUCUCUGUCUGCGGAAAUGUGUACACCCUGCGGGAUAGCCGCUCGGCCCAGCAGCGGGGGAAGCUGGUGGAGAACGAGUCCAACGUGCUCCGAGACGGCUCCCUCAUCGACCUGUGCGGGGCCACCCUGCUGUGGCGGACCCCAGCCGGCCUGCUCCGGGCACCCACCCUGAAGCAGCUGGAGGCCCAGAGGCAGGAGGCCAAUGCGGCCCGGCCCCAGUGUCCGGUGGGGCUGAGCACCCUGGCCUUCCCCAGCCCGGCGCGGGGCCGAGACGUCCCCGACAAGCAGCAGCCGUGGGUGUACGUGCGCUGCGGCCACGUCCACGGCUACCACAGCUGGGGCUGCCGGCGGGAGCGGGGUCCGCAGGAACGCGAGUGCCCGCUGUGCCGCCUGGUGGGGCCCUACGUGCCCCUGUGGCUGGGCCAGGAGGCGGGGCUGUGCCUGGACCCUGGGCCUCCGAGCCAUGCCUUUGCCCCCUGUGGCCACGUCUGCUCUGAGAAAACGGCGCGCUACUGGGCGCAGACGCCGCUGCCCCACGGCACCCACGCCUUCCACGCCGCCUGUCCGUUCUGUGGGGCCUGGCUCACGGGGGAGAACGGCUGCGUCCGCCUUAUCUUCCAGGGCCCGCUGGACUAGGGCGGGACUCUGGGACCGGGCUCUACGGGGCGGCCCGAGCCCCGGCUGCGAGAGGAUGCGGUUCCCCCCCAGGACGUCUGCCCGGAUGCUUGCUCAGACUGAGGGGGGUUCGGGUGGGGGAGGAGCGCAGAUCACGUCCCCGGAUCUGUGUCGGCCUCCAGCCUGGGGUCUCCUGGAUUGGUGAAGGGGGGGCCUCCGCAGCCCUCCGCCGCUCCCCCAGACGGACGGGUCCCCGGCUCCGGGCUUCCCCUCUUGCUUCAUCGGAUCCCGGGGACGCCUCCGCCCCGCACGCCCCCGUCAUGCCGUGUAACACUGUGCCCCGGCGGAAGGGAAGGAGGGAGUCCGGGAGGGUGGCCUCCGCUCCCCCCACCUGCCGUGCUGCUCGCCCGUACCAGGCCUGAGCCCUUUGCCGUUUCCAGCUGCUCACAUCUGCCUGCUGCUAAUCCCCGGGUCUCCUGAUAAAGCUCGCUGCUCGGCUGCC